AUGAACAGAACCAAAUUGUCGAUCUGCCAGUCGUGCCUUAGCAGUGAUGAAAUUGAGAACAUCUUGACGAUGUUCAAUCACGACUGGUCAGUGGAUCUUCGUUCCAAUUGCAAUCGCAUAGUGCAUUUCUGUCGAGCAGGCUGCUGCUCAAGCGAUGACGAAUGUCACCAGAAAUGCAGGGUGGCGCUCUAUGCAGCCGCCUACCGUCUGUGGGACAUACCGCUUUUAUACAGAUGGAAGCACUUUGAGCCAGCUGCGGAGUACGUCUUACGUUGCUUGCUGCUUCACGGCGUUUUGGUGUCUGCGUGGGCCCACGUCUGUGAGCCAGGGGACAAGGAGGUGAACUUACAGGCGGUCGACGAAGACAACCCCGACAUUAGCCCUGCAAUGCGACAAGCCGUCAGAGUUAACAAAGUCCUUGCUAUGUUGACUAGCCCUGACGCAAUUGAGAACUUUGCAAAAGCCUUGCUCUAUACGUUGCCUCUAUCACAAUUCAUGGAUGAGCUUUCUUUUGUGGAAAGUUGCAGGCUGCGACUACGAUUGAGAAGCCAAGGCUUGGAGCUCCCCAAGAGCCGUUGCCAAGUGUCCACGGAAGAUUUUGUUCUGAUGAACAUGAAGCUGGCCUUUCCCAUUGUCUCCCUCAGUGUACCAGAUGCGCUGGAGAAGUGCAAGGCUUUUUCAGCUGAGGGCCAGAUGUGCAAGCUUUGCGCAGAUGAACCUUUCACAAAGGUUCUCCUGGACUAUGUUCUUGGUCCGCGGUCCCACGAGGAACAGUUGGAACGAGUUGCCAUGUCACAGCGUAUGUUGAAGAGUGUUCUUGCAGAGCUUCCUGCAUCUAGUGUUGAAAUUGAGAAAUCGCACGCAAACGUGCAACGAGAUGCCUCGGAAGACCGUGGCACAAGGCCGAACGCUUUUACCAUCCAACGGAACAGUUACCUUCUCAGCGCUUUGCUUGAGCAUGCCAACCGCUUGGGCGCCGUAGAAGACGAGUGUUUGGGCACUGAGCGGAAGAAGGUCCUCAGAAUUGCGCGUAGUCGUGUGGUGGAUUCAUCAGCUCCUGCUGCAGGCCUCUCACUGGCCAAAGCUGACCGCCGAAAGCUCAAUCCAGACGGCACAGUCAAGCGGAAGAGAGGAUUGCUGAAGGGGGCCAAUACCCUCUCCAAAGUUGGAUCUGCGGAUGCCAAAAGGCGCAACAAAGAGCUUGGUAAGGAGUGGGGGUCUAUGACACCAGCUCAGAAAGCUCCAUUCCUUCGACGUGCGCAGCAGGAAGAGAAUGAGAGGCAAAAGCUGAAAUCAACAGCCUUCUCCCGUGCCGAAGAGGAGGCAGACUCGGAACCAGCGGCUGUGGGCAUCAGUCACGCUCAGCAAAAGCGGCUCAACCACGCUCGCCUUGACAAAAGCCUCGGCCAGGUUGUGAACCAUCCGAUCUGGUCACAUGGCUUGGCCCUCUCUGACCACGUGGCAGCUCUCAAGGCUUCGUAUGUCUCCAUGGAUCAGGCUGAGCAAAGCGAUUUGAAAGCCUUUCAGUAUGAUUCUGAACCAACGCCAAACCCACAACUCCCAGCUUUCCGUCGUGCUUGCUUGCAAAGUGGCAUGACCUGCGCUAGCUCCAAGUACCUUACCCCGGUCAAGAGCUUGGUUG